GUCAGUGAGAACAUGAUUUAAGUUGGUAUCUACCUCUCGUCCAUGUGUCACUGUGCCAAAACAUCUUCCCGCCACUGAGAGCUGCUGUGUUGUUUACAACCAUCGAACAUAUAGAAGAAAACAGUUCAGCUGUAAAGAAGAAGACAAAUCAUGGUGAAGAUUUCAAUGGAAGAGUGGAAAACAGCUCUGACCUCCAUCCUCAAGAAGUUGGAUCAGGAACAGUACAGAAAGUUACAGAAAAUAUUGAACAAACUCCCCCCAGCAAAACUAACAGCCAAGUACAAAGAGAAUAUGCCCAAAAAGAUCAUUGAGUACUACGCAGUAGAAGAGUCCAUCUCUGCAAUCAAAGAUGCAAUGGAUCAAAUCCCAAGAAAUGAUCCUGCAGUCCAGGACCUGCUGCGCCCCUUUGUGGACAAACUGAAGAAGAAACAAGAAAAGAAUAAAGAGAAGAAGAGGAAACAUGAAAGUGAUUCAGAGUCAGAGGACAAGAAGCCAAAGCCUGCAGCUGCUCAACAGAGCAGCAGCAAACCUGAGGAGAGAAAGAGUCAGCUUUGGAGAAAAACCAUCGCUGAUCUAAAGACCAGUGGUUACCUCGGUGAAAAAGCCAUAACUGGAAGAGUUGUGCAGAAAACUGGUCUGCGCUCAUAUCAAACACAAGAGAAGAAGGAUAAGUUCUUAUUUUAUCUGGUAGUUGCUGAUGAGACAGGCAGCAUCCGAGUGACGGUGUAUGGAAAAGAGCACUAUGAAGAAAUUAUGGAAAACAAGUCCUACAUGUUCAGAAAUGUGAUGUUUGAAUGGAAUGAUCACUUUAAAGAGAAGGUCUUAAAAGUAACCCAACAAAGCACAGUGGCAGAGUUUAACCACAUCAGUGUUCCAGAGGAGGUGGAGCUGGAAGCUCAGAAGCUCAUUUCUGGUCAGAAUCCAGUUUCCAUCAAAGAGGCCAAAAGGUCUGAAGACAAGACAAUAGUGAGCGUUGAAGGAACAAUAACAAAGAUUGGUCCUGUUGAAUCUGUCAAACUGAAGGCCAAACGAGGAAGGAAAGAUAGGCAAGAUAUCAAACUUAAAGACGACACAGAUGAAAUCAGUAUCAGCCUGUGGGGUGAAGACAUCAAGCAGCUCAGAGGAAAGUUAGAGGGAGACGUCGUCAAGGUGACCGACCUGAAGACCAAUCACUACUAUGGCACAGUGUCACUGAACUCAACUGACUUCACCAUGAUUGUCAAGGUCCAAAGUGCUGCUGUCCAGAAUGUGGGAAUUCAGAUUAUCGGAAUCACAACCGCCAGCAAGAUGGAGACUCACCUGGAGGCGGAGUGUAACAGCGAGGUGCAGACAUUUGUUGUAGCUUCUGAACUCCUGGCAGAGGCGUUUGGUGUCAGACUGGAGGGUGACUUUAAGAAAACGCUCCUUGAAAAACUACCCCUCUCUGCAAAGGCAGAAAUACAAGGAAAUAAGAUUAAUAAAAUUAAAGCUGCUUAGAAGAUGUAAAAACCUAACAACAGUGUAUCAGCUGAUAUGUAGGAAGAUUUUUCUCUCACAUAACGUUUUUUAAUAAAGAUCCUUUAAAUUUGUCAAUGAAAGAACAGUGAUCAACAUCUGGAGUGUCUGAGAUUAAUCCACUUGACUUAUUGAUCCAAUCCCCUUUAAUGACGUUGAUAAUAAUCCUGUUGGGACUAAACACAGUUAUUAUUACAUCUUGAACCCAGUGCUGUCGGUACAGACAGACAGUAAUAAUAUUGUAUUUUAAACAGAAAAACUGAGAUGAGAGGAUUUAAUGUAUCACACUGCACAUGAUUGGCUGAUUGUAUAAAACACGUAUAAGCAGGUGUUCCUAAUAAAGUGCUCAGUGAGAGUAAAUGCAAUCCUAUUUUCAGCUUGUGGGAGGAAUUAGAUUUUCUGUAGACUUAGAAUGGGACCAUGGUUUAAUGUUUCUCUGUAGCUGUAGAUGUUUGAAUUAUUCUGUUUAAUCAGCUUUUAUUGAACAUUUUGAUGAUUAAUUCUCCUCAUAUAUCCAUGGAGGAUUUUCUUUAGAUUCAUCAUAAGGUCAUAAUUGUGUUUAUUGUGCAGUUAAUGGUUUGGGCGUUUGACAUCAGAUUUGUUGUAUUUUCAAUCUGUUUUGUUUUUAAUUGUUUUUAUCUGUUUACUGUCUCUGAAGAAUCUGAACCUGAUUUGAUUUACUUGUGUCUGUUUGUUCAUCUACAAUAAAGACUUCAGUCUAACUACUGAGU